GAGAGCCGCUAUCUUCUAGGCCUGCUCGAUGCUUACUAUAAGAUCCUUCUUCGGUCUUCUCUAGGCUCAACAGCCCCAGUUCUGUUAACUUUUCCACAUAAAAGCGAUGCUACAGGCCCCUAAUAAUCUCUGUAGCCUUCUGCUGAAUCCUGCAACAGAAAGCACACAAAAGUUUCCUCAGUUGCAUAGAUAAGUGACUGUGAGCUGUGCUCUGGGUAGGGAAGUUACCUCCUGGGGUCGUAGAGCAAGGCAGUGUGAGUUAAAUUAUCACUGAUCUUCUCCUCAUCUCCGUAUUAGCUUCUAUGCAGGUGUUGGGGUUUGUUGCAGAGGACUUGAAGUUCUCUGAGUUAUAGGCUGACACGUGCUUACAAAUGCAAAGCUAUAAAACUAGCAUAGCCUUUAUUCAAAGGGCCUUUUGCCUCUUUUCGUGUGGGAAGAGAGAAUAUGAGAUGUGACACAACAACAGGAUGAUCAACUCCAAAAUGUUAUCUCAGUGUCUGUACCAAGUUAACAAGUGUCUGCUUCUGUGCAACUUAAAACUGAAUCCAGUCAAGUUAGCUGCUUUGUCCAGAAGGAUCUACUCUUCAGCAAAACAGCUUUCUGAAUAUGAGUUAACGGAGCAAACUACACACAAAAGUGAAACUAAAGAGUUGCUUCAUAGUACAGAAAACAAAAACUUUGGAAGAUUGCACAUACCAGUGAUGGUGGAGGAGGUCAUUAAUUGUUUAUCCCCCCAGUCAGGCCAGCGUUUCCUUGAUAUGACAUUUGGAGCUGGAGGUCAUAGUACAGCUCUUCUAGAGAAAGCCAGCGACAUUACGAUAUAUGCAUUGGACAGAGACCCCACGGCUUAUAAAAUAGCUCAGCAGCUUUCAGAAUCUUACCCGAAACAGAUUCAAGCUCUUCUAGGACAGUUUAGCCAGUCAGAGGCUUUGUUAAUCUCAUCAGGAGUUGAGCCUGGAACUCUAGAUGGAGUUCUCUUGGAUGCUGGAUGUUCUUCUAUGCAAUUUGAUACACCUGAAAGAGGUUUUUCCCUGCAGAAGGAUGGACCUUUGGACAUGAGGAUGGAUAGUGACAGGUACCCUGACAUGCCCACUGCUGCUGAUGUUGUGAAUGCUUUAGAUCAACAGGCACUUGCGUCCAUCCUGAGAACAUACGGGGAGGAGAAGCAUGCCAAGAAAAUCGCUUCAGCCAUCGUUCAGGCACGCAGCAUAUAUCCCAUCACCAGAACUCAGCAGCUUGCAAGCAUUGUUGCAGGUGCUUUUCCAGCAUCGGCAUUGUAUGCACGAAAAGAUCUGCUUCAGAGACCUACACACGUUGCUACCAAAACUUUCCAAGGUCUACGAAUAUUUGUGAAUGAUGAGCUUCACGAACUCUUUAUAGGGCUGAAGACAGCUGAGAAGUUCCUAAAACCUGGAGGUCGUCUUGUAGCCCUCUCCUUUCAUUCACUAGAAGAUCGUAUCAUCAAACGCUUUCUUCAUGGAAUAGACAUGACAGAAAAGUACAAUCUUGGCUCAAGGCAGAAGAUAAGACGGGCUCUGAAAAAUUGUUCCAAGGAAGAAGAUACACAAGAAUUCCCCCAUGGAAAAUCCAACUCAAAGUGGACUUUUAUACAGAAAAAAGUUCUCACACCCCAGGCCAAGGAUAUUCUAAUAAACCCAAGAGCAAGGUCGGCCAAGCUAAGAGCUGCUGUUAAACUCUGAAAUAAAAAUGAAUCAUUAUAUAAUUGUAUCAUUUCCUACAGUUUUGUUUUCUGGAGGACUACUGGACAGAUAACAUCAAAGAGAAAAAUCAAAUGGAAAAGACUGUUAAAAAAUGUUUUUCCCAUCAUUGUACUUCUUUUUCUAUUAGGGUGUAAAGUAGAACAUCAAAAGGUAAAGUAAUAAAAUAAAUAGAAUAAGUUACGUGAGUGGGUGUUGCUGAUUAUACAAAAUGUUUAUAUUUAAAAAGAACAAGAACUAAAGCUUUUAUAAACCAGUUUUGAUAUAUUUAAAAUAUUUCCUUUAGAAUCAACUCAGAACUCUGACACUUCCAGUCUAAAUUCAGUAGCUGAUUGAGAUGGACAUGCUUUUUUGGCUGGUGAUGUCAUACAACAAAGUCAACUGACUGUUCUAACCUAGUAUAUUUUUUUAAGCUAGCUGAAGAACUCAUGAUAUAAAAAAAAUCUUGAUGUAUAAACCUGUGUCUGUUGAUUUGUUGAGUUAACAUGUUUGACAGUAUGUUGAUCUUGCAUAAAUUGAUAUCAUAACCUUAUGCCUAAUCCAGGAAUUUAUGAAUGAUCUCUUAUCUCUGUUAAUAAGAAAAUAUUUACAUAUAUGAUAGCCUGGUUAUUUAAUGUUUAUUGAUUUUAAAUAAUGAAUAGGUCUUCAGAAAAAAGGCCUCUGUAUUGCAUUUGGACAUUAUAAGCAGUGAGCAAACAGCAGGAAGAUUUGUACUAGAUAAUUUGAACUUAUUCCUGUAUUCCUAAAUUCUGCGCAUAGGUCAAGUAAAAGUUUCAUGUUUUGAUGAAAUUAUUAUUAACCAGCUUAUUGUGACUCUUCCAAAAUAUUCUCCUUUGCAGAUGAUGUUUUAAUAAGAAUUAUUGUAGGUAAGCAGUGACUUUUAUUUUAUAAGUGAACUACUAACGCCAGUUUCCUACUUGGAUAGCAUACUAACUAGUAAAUAGGUAAUAUUUUUUUGAUUAAGAUAAAAUGAAUUGGAUUUAGCUGCAGAUUUGUAUUGUAUUGUAAAAGUUCAUUGCUGUUGCUGUUUUUGCCUGUUAAUAAUGAUUACAUAAUAACGCGUUUCAACUUAUUUGACCUCUGACUCACCAUUUAAGGAAAAAAAAAGUCUUUAUUUGAAUAUUUGAAUAAUAAAAUCUGUAGCAGGAUGUCAUUUGCAGAGAAGAGACUGGAGACUGGCAGAGAGAAUAAGAAAAUGCAGUAUUUGACUUUGAGCUAAAUAACUACUUCACUAGCUUUCAAAAGAACACUGGAUCAUUCCAGACUUGACUUUCAUCAAGCAUCCUUUUGACAUUGCUUACUUCUCUGGAGUUUUUUAGGAUUAUAUUGAUACAAACAAAUUGAAAUUCAGAUUAACCACCUAUAAUGUUCAUUGAAAUACUUGAAUAUUGUUUAAUUCUUUGAUAAAGCUUGGUCAUGAUAACAUAAAUUAGCAAUCUAAAACACCAGGUGAAUGAUGAUGGGCAUUUCUGAAAUUUCAAUAUUUUUCACUACUUUUGUUAUAUGUAUUAUUAAAUAUUAAA